AUGCCUAAAUGGACCAAUCCGCUAAACCAUUUAGCAUAUGGUGAUGAUAUUAUCAUAUUUACAUCUGCUGAUACAGAAUCGCUAAAGAGCAUAGUGGGGGUGUUGAGGAUGUAUGAGCAGUCAUCUGGCCAGCUUGCAAACAGGGCUAAAAGUUUCUAUUACAUGUAUGCAAAAGUUGAUAAUGAACUGGUGCAAACAGUGGGCACAAUAAUAGGAUUUCGUAGGGGUCAAUUUCCUUUUACUUAUCUGGGUUGUCCCAUUACCCAUUCAAGAAAGAAAGAGGUGUUUUAUGCAGAAAUGAUUAAGAAGGUGAAGAGUAGAAUUUUAUCUUGGAAAGGGAAAUUACUAUAUUUUGGAGAAAAAGCUACUCUAAUCAAAAGUGUAAUGCAGAGUAUACCAAUUCACCUUAUUUCAGUGAUAGUCCUUCCUAAAUGUGUUAUUCAUGAAAUUCCCAAGAUUUUUGCUAAAUAUUUCUGGAGUAAUAAAGUGGAGGCAAAGAGUACACAUUGGUCUGCUUGGUAA